AUGGCGACGGGCCCUUCGGCCGUUUACUGGCCGUUGUUUGUCCUAAUAUUUUACUUCAUCUGCCCCAUUCCCCACUUCAUUGCCAAAAGAGUAAGUGACGAUAGUGAUGCAGCCAGCAGCGCCUGCAGGGAGCUGGCGUAUUUCUUCACCACGGGAAUUGUCGUCUCCGCCUUUGGGUUUCCUAUCAUCCUGGCACGGGUUGAAGCGAUCAAAUGGGGAGCCUGUGGUCUGGUCCUGGCUGGCAAUGCAGUCAUUUUCCUUACUAUUUUAGGCUUUUUUCUUGUAUUUGGUAGAGGAGAUGACUUUAGCUGGGAACAGUGGUAGGACAUCGCUCUGACACUGGUAAUGUUUUACAGUAUGCAUCGCCAUAUGUAUACUGUGUGUGUGUAUAUGUGUAUAUGCUAUAAUAUUUGUGUGUGUGCAUACACAUGUAGUCCUAUAUUAUCAGAUCAUAACAUGCUUGUUAAAAUGUGUGUCAGCCAAAGGGAAAAGGCCCUUGUGACAGAUUUUUAAAUGUGUUCAGUAAAAGCUGGAGUCAUAAUGGCAAAAUUUGUCCCCAAUAUGUUUACAAAGCAUUAACUGUUCUACUCCUUUUUCACGAUAUGUGCAUUAACUUUUUUUUAAUCACAGUAAUAUCAUUGACACACAUGACAUUGUUUUAAAAAAACAACAGAUGUGCUGACCAGUGUAAUCAAAAUAGGCCAAUAUAAAGAUUAUCCCAUUUUCUGUUGUUCAACUUGAUUGAUCUUUCUGCUUUGAUUAGGGAUGAAUGAAUAUUUGUUUUCCGUUUGUAAGUUUGGUAGUUGUUCUUGGUAAUAUAAAACCAAACAUAGGUUAUGCCAACUCCUUUCCUACAUAAAGAAAAAAAAAAUAACUUUGGUUAAAAAUCCUACCUUCCAUUUAUGUGGCUCACUUAGCAAAUAUAUAUAUAUAUUUUUUUCUUAUAAAUAUACUAUGUUUUUGUCCCUAUUCAGCUUACAGCUGUGGCUACAUGUUGGGAGGAGUCUAAUAUAUUUUAAUGCCUCUUGCUGUGCUUAGACCUGAAAUAACUUCUUUCAUAAAGGUUCACGAAAGAAGAUACAUUUGAAACUGCUCUCAUGAUCUCAGGACACUGAUAAUUGCAAUGUAGUAUACAACUCUAUUCUUACGUGUGGAAGAUCUGAAUUACAAAAGAGUGAAUGUUCUGCUGAGAGAUUCCCAUCACAGCAGAAACUGUAGGACUUGGUAUCUCCUCAAUUCUUACUGCUUUUAAAACAUGCUUACUGAAACUACUACUUUCUAUGUCUGUUAGAAAAGAUUGUUGUAUUAAAACACUAUAUUUUUAAAUGGCAUUAUCCUAGUAAAUGUUCACAUAAUCACACAUACAAAAGCAAAGUUUAUUACUAUUUUGACUUGGUGUAUCCUUCAAAUUGUGGAGGCAUGUGACUUUACAAAAGAUGCAUUCUGAUACAACCCUAAAUCUAGAGGACACUUCAGCAAUCUGAGAAGGGGUACAGAACAGACACCCUAAUUCAUUCUUUCAUAGAAGAAUGGACAUGAAGUGAUUUCUGCUCCCUGAAGUAAGAAACUGAGUGCCUAGGUAGGAUAUGUUUUAGUAUUGCUCAUUCUUUAGGUUAGCAGAUUAUGAAUGAGCAUUUUAUAGCUGUGUGUUGGUUCACAGCUGAUUGCUGUCACCCUGCACAGGAAUGAGGGACUUUGUGCCAGGAAGCAAUAAAAUCAACCCUACAAGAUGUGGCAGCUUUACCAAUGCGAUGCUUUUUGCCCCUUAAACUGUGAAACUUUCUAUGCUGCUCUUCAAAUUAAGUUAUCCCAACACUAGCAUACUGCAAAAUGACAUCCUGGGGAUUGCUGGGUAGAGUAAAGGUUCAAAAAUAAUGAAUGUUACAUCAGUGCUCUUGAUGGUGGGUCUCUUGUUCAUGCUCAGGGCCCUAGAAAGAAGGUACAAAAAUCAUUCUACAGUCCAAGUAACAUAAUGUCACUUUAAAAAGAAAUGGAAUAUUGUGUGUCAGGAAGGUAAAUAAUUCUCGUAUUGGAUUAGAUCCCAAACUGUUAUUCAUGUGUUUUAAAUUUAAAACUUCAGAUGUAUGUGAGGUGAAGCCUACAGUGCUGAGGAAUGCUGAGUAGAUGGAUUUUGUAUGUAUGUCUAGACUGUAAUUCUUAUAAAAGAAGAACUAAUGUUAAAGGACAGUGUGUGGGUUUUUUUUUUUUCUGGAUGUUAAUGCUUCAUCACAAGGUAUAGCAGGAAAAUACUGAUAAAGAUGCUGGGCAUAAGCAAGUUCUCUUAUUGGGUUGGGUUUGGUUUGGUUUUGUUUCUUCCUGACUUCAGGUGAAAUCUGUUAGACCCUACUGAUUUGUCCUUAAUGGUGUAAAGUACUAAUGGGGAAAUUACAUCUUCAGUUUACCAGCUGAGCUGUUCAGAGUAAACAUAGCUUCCGUUUAUAGGCCCUGCUUUGAUUUUUUUUUUUUUUUUGACGAAGGUCCCCCUCCGACAAUAUUUCUUGUUCAAAUUGGUGAAGUCAAACAACAACAACAAUAAUAAAAAAGUUCAAUGCCUGAUCCUGCACGUGGUUGCUGAAGUCAUUGCUGACCAUUCCAUUUUACUCCUGCUAAAAUAUUGAUGUACUUACAGGGUUAGGUUCUUGAGUCUUUAAGGGUGUCUUGUAUUUUUACUCCUUAGAAUUUGUGUACUGAAGGCUGCAAUAGAUGGCUACAGAACUAUCAAAUUACUACUCACAUUUUGUUUCAGAGACAGUGGAGUGAAAACUUACUGAGAUUAUUAUUUUUUCUUAAGAUGAGAGAAUACCUAUUUGUAGAAUCUGUUCUAGCUCUGUAGCAUGUUUGUGGCUGAUUGAGAUUGGAAUACUGACAGUAAACGUGACAAUCUGAAAUGAAAAGGAGGACUAGAAUGUACAGUCUUGAGAGAUUGCUUCCUGACAAGUUAUUAUUGUACUGUGUCCUUUGGAUAAUACUGUGGUUGGUGGGUACCUCAUGAAGCGACAGGUAGUUGUUGAAUGGAGAAAGUGAACGUUUUUUUUUUUUCCUUUUGGAAAAAGCUACAUGCACUAAUCCUUAAUGUGAACUUCAUGCAGUUUUCACCAGAGACUUUUAUUUUAAAAUGGUUAGUUUCUAAAAUUGUAUUUAAUACAGUGUUUAAAUCAUGGAAUUCUUCUUUCACCUCCUUAAAAGUAAAUUUGCUUGAAUGAGUCUUCUAUGUUAAUUAUCAGGGUAAAAAAAUUCUCAGUGUUUUUUAUCAAGAGCUUCACUCAUUCCCACAAACCUGGUGCUCUGAUGGCCGGUACGGGGCAUACUGUUACUGUCUACCAGUAGUAAUUUACUGUGGUUUCUCUGAAAUUAUUUUCCUAUAUGGAAGUGAAUACUACGUAUCCGAAGUGCCUUAAUUCCAAGACUGUGCUGAUUUUGUGAACACAUAUACAUGGAAAUAUCGCUACCUAUGUUUCAUAAUCAGUUGAAAAUCUGUUAUGCGUUUUAUAAAGCUUCCUUGUCAAUUAUGUUUUCUGUAAUUUGGAAUGCAGUGCAGCUUUUGUAACUUUUGUAAACACUGUUUUUAUUUUCCAUAAUUGCCAGGUUCUUGAAAUGAUGACGUAUUAAAACAUGGAAAUUAAAACAUAUUCAACAUUUCUUUUUGACUUGUCUAAUAAAACUGAGUAAAGAUGCCUGA